CGCGUUUUGUGAAGCCUUUACUAGCAUCCCCAUCCUUUUGCAACUGCGAUUGUUGUUGUGGCUGGGUUGGGAAUCUGAACAGCGCCGUGGGAAUUGCAACGCACUGAUACAUCAAUUAAGUUGUGAUUUCUCCCGAGACGUUGAUGCUAUUCAAGAAAUAUUUCCUCUUCAUCUUGACCAUUCAGAGACAAGAACACCUCUGCAAGCCAGAAAAGUUCCGUCAUGGUGUCGCCGGCUUUGAAACGAAUCAAUAUUUCGCCGCCAUCGAAGAAAUACAUAGCGUCCCCAAGGGGAAACACUCACGGGAGGAAGCCUUCCAAUAGUGACUUUCUUUGUGCAAUGUUUUUGCGAUACACCAAGUGGAUUACGCUGGGGAUUCUAGGAAUCGCAAUGACUAGAAUGAUAUCAAUGGACUCUACCGUUACCCCCAUUAAAAAUGGGAGCACCAGAAAUUGGGAUUUAGAUUCAAACAAUCCUGAGAUUCCGGGGGGAAAAGCUUCUUCUGGCAACUAUCCAGAGUAUGUGGAAAAUCACUCCUACUCCAACGGUGAUCAUGGCGAUCAUCAUCAUCAAUCGCCACUUAACGAGAAAGUAGAAGUCAUCAAAGCUAUUGAUCAAUUGCAAGGUACAGCUACUGCGACUAUAACCAAUAAUCAUACUUCUGAGAGUCAAUCGGGAAAACCCAGUGAUUUAUUGUCGAAAUAUAACCCGUUGAACGCUCCCGUAAUACUUGAUGGAUGGAAUCGAACGGUGCAGGUUCAUUUGAUAGUCGAUGUUACUGGCGGUGAGGAUAUCAAUCCAGCCUCCAAGCUGUUGCUAUCUGCUGUACAGCGAUCGAAAUAUACGCAACUGAAAGCUGUUACAUUCGUGCGACCCUCUAUCGAAACGAUCGACUUUUUCUCGCGGAAGCCUGGCCUUCCCUUGCUCUUCUUGGUGGAUUGGGGUUCGAUGGAUCGAGACUGCCAUCGAUUACAGUUGACGCUGGAAAAUAUUAGAGAACAGGAGAAAAAUCAUUCGAAGAGAAAACGAGAAAAAGAACAGCCAUACUUUUUAUUGAUCGACUCAAGUGGCAGCACACGGCGAACGGGAUGCAGCUACUUAUUCGUGAGCAACAGCGAUGAUCGUAGGGACAGUGAAACUGCCAUUUCGUACGCGCGCGCAAACGACAACUCACGAAUCCGUUUGGCAAAGCGAAGCAUUGUCCAGAAUCGAUUUUAUGACAGGAGGAACAACAAAGUCCAUCUGGGAGAUGUAUCGCCAAAUCAAUGGGACGGCGCUCCAUCGGAUUACAGUAAACCUAUUUUGCAUAGUCCAUUCGCUCUGCGAGAGUCCUUUGUAAUGAGCAUACAGAAUAUUACCAAGGGGAAGCGGGUGUCGAUGAAUGACUCAAAGCGGACUGUGGACGUUGGAUUUUUUUGGAAAUCUGGAGACUACUCCCAUUAUGGCUUUUAUCGUCGCGACAUUGGAAAAGUCGUGAAGACCUUGCACCAUUCCUCUAUCAAUAAAGAGGCUGGCACGCGUAUGGAGAACCUAGUGCAAAUCUCGUACACUGAUGAAAAAGGAAUGGAAGCUGGGAACGUUCAGUAUAAAUAUACGAUGGAGCUUUUGAGAUGUAAGAUAGUGGUGAUUGCCCAAAGGGAUGAAUGGGAAGAUCAUUUUCGAUUGAUGGAAUCUCUUGCCAGUGGAGCAUUGGUCAUGACCGAUCGUAUGGUUGCUCUUCCUGCGGGGCUGGAAGAUAAGGUCAACAUCGUGAUCUACGACAACCCAAAGAUGCUGAAGGAUCUCAUCAAAUAUUACACCAAGCCAAAAAACAAAAACAAGCGGAAACGCAUUGCAUUAAAGGGAUACAACUUAGUCAUGGGACGCCAUCGAUCGUGGCACCGACUAGAAGAACUUCUGUUUGGAAGACCACUGACAAAUGUUGAUCAGCCGGAUGCGCCAGCACCAAAAAAAGGUGCAUUGCCUACUUUUAAAGAUAGAUGAACUAGAAAAGAAUGUACUACUACUAAAAAAUACCCUAGAGAACC